UUGCCCCCUUGCAGUGGCUUGUUUCCUUUUAAUGGUGUGGCUGCACGAAUGUGGAACUAGAACAUGAGCUUUUGCUUCCUCCCUAAAAGCGACUUGGAACUUCAGCAGUAUAAGAGAGGAGGUUCUGUGAAUAAACCAGCAUUUCUGAAUUACACUCUAAUGUUAAGCAAUUAAAUGUCAUUUGUACUAAUCAGUUAUUUUCUGUGCCCAGUGAAAUACCUGAAUGCCUACACAGGCAUAGUUCUCUUGCGAUGCCGAAAGGACUUUUAUAGGCUCCUCUGGUCAGCUCUUCCCUUUGUCACUUACUUAGAGAACAGGAACCAGCGCUAUUCCUGUUUUUUCAACACAUUACAUGUUGGAGGGACAAUAAGAACAUGUCAAAAAUUUCUAGUUCAGUACAACAGGAAACAGCUCCUGCUACUAUUGCAUAAUUGCACCAGUGAAGAGGAAAGACAGUCCAUCCAGAAGUCUCUGCUAAGCUGUUCCCUUACAGAAGUGGAGGAGCAUUUUCACAGUGGAGAUGAAGAAGACUGUGUAGAGACAGACUGAACAUAAACUUUAAAUCUAAUGUGGUGCUUUCUGUAAGGCACUGGGAAAACUACCCUGUUAAAAGAUGUCUUGGGCUGCCUGCCCUGUGCUAAGUAAAUGAGAAUCAAGGCAUCUCUAACUGUAUUUUGAUCUUGUGAAAAUAAAGGAAAGGGUAAAAUGAUUUCUGGUGAAAUCACUGGGCAGCAGCCUUAAAAUUCAGCUAAUGCAGCACUUUUAUUUAAGCAAAAGCCUGAAUCUCUUCAAGCCAGGAGAGGGGAAAUGGAAGGCUACCUUUCAACAAGUUGUCCCCUGGGACACAAAUUCUAUUAGUUAGAGCUUGCUUAGUUUUUAAAACAGGCCUAAAGACUGCUCUAGGUUAAGCUCCUCCUCCAACUAUACCUAUCUCUGGGAAUCAUUCCGGUAUUAGAUCAGGAUUACUUUUUUACAGUAGCUGAGGUGAAACUGAGUUAGUAUCCCAUAGAGGUUAUUUCUUUGAGGAUUGUUAUAGUGCCCUGCUUCUGAAGUCUGUGGAUAAACCUGUUUGACAGUUAGAUGUCUUGAGUAGCUGCCCUGCUACCAUCAAGAGAAUACUUACGUCUGGGUAUUGAUUAAAAUGUGUUGGUAAUGUAUUCAAACUGCUGAGUAAAUUGUACUGAAGGAAAGAUGCACCAUUGCUGCUUUGAGAAUGAAUCAUCCUGAGAGUGGGUGUUUUGCUCUCCACUAUUUAUGGAAAUUCAACCUUCAUAAAGUUUAGGCUGCAAAACACCCAGGGCUAAAGCGCAUAGCACAUCCAGGUUAAAAUAAUCAUAGCUGUCAAGGGAGGAUUGGAGGCAUUGUUAAAGGAAAGUUCUAUGCAUAUUUUUAUUCAAAUUGCCUCAAACUAAUUCAGUUUCUCAAGUGGAAGAGCUGGUAUAGACAAGCUUGAGAGGGUGCUUGACCAGAACUCAUUAAGUUUCUCUUAUUUGCAAGAAUGUUGUGGGAUGUUUUAGGUGAAUGCUUUUAUAAACAAAGCAGUUUGUACUCACAUGAAGAGACAACCAGUUGGUGUUAAGUAAAAUGGGAGCGCAAAGGAAUGUAUAGAUUUGAUGUUUUAUGACCGUGAGAAACGUUCAAGUUUCCUUUUAUUCCCAUCUCAAAAAAACCUCCACAAAACUGGGACUGGAAAAGAAAAGGGCAACAAAAAUCAGGGGUCAAGCUGUAACAGGUUUCAGAAAGGUAGUGGUGUUAAGUCACUUUCAGCAAAAACAAGUUGGAUGACAUCUAAAAGUGAAUUAUCACAAAGGCUUAUGUUCUAAUUUCUUAAUAAAUUUAUUAGUCUAAAGUA